AUGAGUGAAUUUGAGAAAUUACUUCCAAAUAUUUGUGACAGCAUCGCUAAAACAGCAGCUCAUGUCAUCAGCUACGCCGAUGAUGACAGUAAACAAGAAUUGCUGGACGCUCUUCGUAGCAAUGUCCAAAACUAUACCGAAAAUUCACAGAAGUUUCAAAAUAUCAAUGGAUUAAUCAGCAGAUUAUCAUCUGGAAAUUCUGACACUGAUAUCGAAGAAAUUCUUAAAAAUUUUAAUGAUGGAGUUUCAUCAUUUCAACUGGAUUCUUCAAGAAAUGAAUUUUUAAAACAAUACGACACACGUGUUGCUGACUUGAAGAAGAAUUUAGCCGGAGGAAAAAGCACUGAAGGUGGCGGUGAUGAUGAAGAUGCAGACAUGCAAAUGACAGAGGAGGACGGUGCAAAUUUAAUUUGUCCAAUAAGUAAAGUGCGAAUGACUGAACCGAUGAAGAAUAAUAUUUGUGGUCAUAUGCCCUAUUGUCGGGUGCAGCAACAAGAAGCAUCUGAUUAUGGAAGAUCUUACGUCUGACAUUGUGAGACAAAUGUGUAUGUAA